AUGGUGAUGGCUUGCAGGGUCAUAAACAAAAGAAGGCACAUUGGACUUCAACAGCUUUCAUCAUUUGCAGAAACAGGAAGAUCUUUCCUAGGCCCAGUAAAAGCAUCCAAAUUUAUUAUAGAUGAAGAGUCUCAUGAAAGUAUAUUAAUCAGUUCAGUAAUAAGGCUUCUUGAAAGUUUGGAUUUAACUAGUGCAGUGGGACAACUUCUCAAUGAAGCAGUUCAAGCACAGAAUAACACAUAUAGAACUGGAACCAAUACUCUUUUGUUUUUUGUUGGUGCAUGGAGCAGUGCUGCUGAAGAAUGUCUUCAUCUUGGUGUCCCAAUUUCGGUAAUAGUGUCAGUAAUGUCAGAAGGCUUGAACUCUUGCAUUGAAGAAGUGGUUUCCCUUCAAGUACCUAUCCAUAAUCUAUUUGAUGAUAUAGACAGCACAAAUACAUUUUCUGGACUUGAAGCAUUUAAUGUUACUUUGUGCCCUUUUCUACAGAUCCCUUCAGAUACUGGUUUGAUACAGACAAAUCUUGACCUCAAAGAUGCCUCUCAAUCAGUGGUGAUUUACAGUCUCUCUGGGAGGCCUGUUAAAUCAUGUGUAUUCUUCAGACCUCAGGCUAAGGUUGAAGCACGUGAAAGCAUAUCACAAACUUUGGUAAACAGCCAACUUGCAGACAACAGCUGCAGAAGGUCAAUACUAAUCCACAGUAGGCAUUUUAAUAGCACAGGUAAUAGUCAGUCAAUAAGCAAACCAGAUGGAUUUCUAGAACAGUGUAGUGCAGCUGCUUCCAAAACUCACAGCUGUAAUGAUUUGGUAGAGUUGACCGUGGGCUUGAGUCAUGGAGAUCACAGUAGCAUGAAAUUAGUAGAACAAGUAGUACGGCUACAAUAUCAAAAUGCACGUAUGCAGCAAGGUAACUGUACCAUGCCUUUUAUGUUUGACAUUUCAAGAAUCUUCGCUUGCUAUUUGCCUGGUUUACCUGAAACUUUUACUUGUGUCUGUCCAGGAUAUAUCACUCUUGUAUCAAUAUCUUGUACUACUCUGAUCAAGGAAUUACAGAAUCAGCCUGUCCGGGUCAUUCUCAUUCAAGGUGACCUUACAGAGAAUUACCACCAUGUGGGGUUUAAUAAGUCUAUAAAUAUUAAAACAGUAUUUGAAAGCAUGAAGGUUAAUGAAGACAGCACAGAAGAACUGUGGGCAAAUCGUGUAUCACAGAUACUAAUCCAGUUCAAUGUGCACCUUGUCCUAGUACAAGGAAAUGUGUCUGAACACUUAAUUGAAAAAUGCAUGUAUAAAAAACAGUUGGUAAUUGGGUCAGUGAAUGGCAGUGUGAUGCAUGCUUUUGCAGAGGCUACAGGAGCAAUGCAAGUGGCCUACAUAACACAAGUGAAUGAAGACUGUGUGGGCAGUGGGGUCUAUGUGACCUUCUGGAGAACCAUUCCCUUAGAUGUUGUAGAUAAGAAAAAUAGAAUGGCAAUCUUGUUAAAAACGGGAGGCAUUAAUUUGGUUACAGCAGUACUCACUGGCCCAGUCACCGCACAGAUGCAAACCAAAGAAGAUAGGUUCUGGACUUGUGCCUAUCGUCUCUAUUACGCUCUGAAAGACCAAAAGGUCUUCCUUGGAGGUGGUGCAGUUGAAUUUUUGUGUCUUAGCCACCUUCGAAUAAUUGAGGAGCAGUCUUUGAAAACAGAAGACCAAGCCUGUUCAGGAUGGCUUCAUAAUAGUUCGUCUUGGCUGGCCUCAUCUCUAGCCCUAUACAGACCAACUGUGCUUAAAUGCCUGGCAAAUGGAUGGCACAAAUACCUUUCAACGCUCAUACAUAACACAGCCAAUUACUCAUCAGAAUUUGAAGUCAGCACGUUCAUUCAACAUCAUCUAAAAAAUGCUAUGGACUCUACCUCUCCUUCGUCUUACAUCUUGAAUGAAUAUAGUACACUGAAUCGUGGAGUUUUUAAUCCAGACAUUUCAAAUAAAUUGGAGCAGAUUCCAAGAGUUUAUGACAUUGUUACGCCAAAGAUUGAAGCGUGGCGCAGAGCAUUGGAUUUGGUACUGUUAAUACUUCAGACAGACAGUGAAAUUGUUACUGGACAUGGACACACACAGACGAAUUCACAGGAAUCAGAGGGCUUUUUAUUUUUGUAG